GACGACGUUCUUGGUGGAAGCGCAGCUUGGGAGAACGUGGAUGCAACGGAUGAGCGCUGUCCGAAGUGUUCUCACGGUCGUGCUUAUUUCAUGCAAAUACAGACAAGAUCAGCGGAUGAGCCAAUGACAACAUUUUACAAAUGUUGCAAUCCUCAAUGUUCACACAAUUGGCGAGAGUAAAGUUUGUCUGCAGAAUUAUGUCGAUAUUUGAUGUCCAAGCAAACUUCAAGCAAACAUCUACUCAAAUGUCCAAUUACGUGAACCCAAUGGCGUUUUAUCAGAAGAAAGCACGAGAGAUGGUGAGUCUAUUGGAACCAGAGGAGAAGCAUUGGUUUGCUGGUGGUCCAAGAAGUAACGCUGUUGCACUAAACUGUCUGUAUAAUGAAAAAGUAAUAGCUGUGCCAACAGAUACAAUUUAUGGUUUCGCUGCAUUGGCACAAAACAAUAAGGCUAUCAACAAACUCUAUGAAAUUAAAGGACGUGAGAAAACUAAGCCAUUAGCUGUGACAGUAAGUUGCGUGCAUGAAAUAACACAAUGGGCUGAAACUGAUCAUCUGACGCCACGACUGUUGCGGGAUUUAUUACCAGGUCCUGUAACGGUUGUGUUAAAACGAAAAGCAAGCCUCAAUCCAGCAUUCAAUCCUGGCCAUGAGACUGUUGGCAUUAGAGUACCACGUUCAAAAUUCAUUCAAAGUAUUUGCACAACGAUUGGUCAACCGUUGGCUCUUACAAGUGCCAAUAUCAGUAAUGAACAGAGCUCUCUCCACCCAAAUGAAUUUGCUCCCCUUUGGCCUAAACUGGGAGCUAUUUUUUACGAAUUGCAAAAGCCUUCGAUGCUUGAUGAUGCACAGAGAGUUGGUUCGACUGUUGUUGACCUUACCGUACCUGGAGAAUAUGAGAUACUCCGAAAAGGUAUUCAUUACGCAAGGACUAUUCGUAUUUUAAACGAAUUUGGUGUUGAUCGUAACAAAAUUAUAGUCACCAACGCUGAGGAACUCCCAUCCGAAUGCAGCGAGUGUAUCAAUAUAAAAUAAAAAUAAAUUGUUAUAUUUAUUUA